ACUCCACAGGCUCCUCCUUAAAGAUUGUUCCAAAUGAAUGGAACUGAAACCUUUGAAAAGAUCUGAUAAACUUGUGGUGCUUAAUCUUUCUGGUGCUGCUUCGUUGGUAAACUUCCCUUAUGUAACCCUAAAAGGGAUGACGAAGCUUCAAACACUCGAUCUUUCCAACACCAAGAUUCAAAAACCACCAAUAUUUGGUGGCAUUCAACAACUCACUCAUAUCUCUCUUCGUGACUGUCAUUGUGUAGAGAGGCUACCUAGCAUUGAGUCAUUAACCAGUCUCCAGGUUCUUGAUAUUUCGGGUGCUAAAUCAUUUGCUGAAUUCCAAAAUCCAUCAUUCGAAACAAAUGCUGGCCUCAAAAUCAUCAAUUUGUCAGGAACUAAAGUUGAAAGUUUGCCUUCCAACAUUGGGAAUCCCCAUCAUCUCUAUUUGAAAGGUUGCUUUAUGCUAAAAGAACUUACAUACAUGAAGGCACUUAGAGACCUGGAGGCACUUCAUCUUUCUGGUGCUAGUAGUCUGGUUAAAAUCGAAGAUAUGUUCUUUGACGAUCUGAAAAAACUGCGAAUUCUUGACCUUUCAGAAACCAACAUAAAAAAAUUGCCAUCCCUUUUGAAUCUUUGCAAGCUCCGUCAGCUAUUACUUUCGCAUUGCUCAUCCUUGGAGAAAUUGCCACAAUUGAAUAACCUUAAAAAGCUGGAGGUGCUUGAUCUUUCAGGUUGUAGUGCUCUAACAGUUAUACAAGACACAUCCUUUGACCAAAUAGAUAGCCUGCCGUCCCUUUCACAUCUUAGCAACCUUCAUCGCCUCUUACUUAAUAAAUGUAUUAAUUUGAAAGAACUUCCACCACUGGGAUCUCUGACAAAACUUGAAGAGCUAAAUCUAUCCAGUGUUAAGUGCUUUGGAGAAAGCGGUGCUGAUUUCUUGGAGCAUAUGGGUCACCUUCAGAUUCUUGACCUCUCUGAAACCCUUCUUAAAAAGCUACCAUCCAUGUCAAAGCUCAAGGAUCUUAAACAGCUUUUUCUAAGGGGUUGUCAGCUUUUAGAAUCAGUGCAGGACUUGGAAGCACUUACUAAGCUUGAGGUUCUUGAUCUUUCUGGAACUGCUCUCACACAUUUGCCACCUCUUAACAAUUUUACCAACCUCCGUCAGCUGGUGCUUAGAGAUUGUGCAAAUCUAGAAGAGUUUUUGCAUCUUGAAAUGUGUGAUCCAUCAGGAGCCAUCAUUAAAGUACUUCCCUACGGAAUCUCAGAAUUGACUUGUCUUGAGCAACUUGAUCUGCCGAACAUGAUGAAGAAUCAAGGAGCUGAUGAAAAGAAGAUUAGUUGCCUGGAAGAGGAGCCAAACCAGUAUCAGUGGCACAUCUCCAGUUUGCCUGAUAUGCUCACAGACAGUAACAGACCUUUCAUAUCUGUCAGUAGUUCCAAAAUUUUCCAACAUUUGGAGAAAAAUUCGACAGGCUUCAAACAGUUCCAUUUCUCUGUUUGCCCUGUUGACCAGCAAGAUAAAAAAGGAGGUAUACAUUGUUAUAGAGAUGAACUUAUCUUCAGAGGUAUUUUUUCCCAGGCUAGAUGCUUCUCUCGUAUGAUUGAUCAAGAGCGAUCAUUAGAGAUCUGUGGAUUCCAUCAUUUUCCCAAGGGUACUGAGCGUGCUAAAUAUUUAUUUUUGUUUGAUAAUGCAUUUGUCAAAGAAUUAUAUGAUCUAGCUGCCAAUACCAUCAAGCUGAUGAAAGGAUGUUGGAUAGAGAGAAGCAAAAACAUGGAGGUUGUUUUUCAUGCAGAAGAAGAAGAUGAUGAUGUCGAAUUGGGAAAAGAUUUAGAGGUGCUAUGGCUUUCCAAUCUGCUUAACUUUGAGAGUAUAUAUAGUGAGAACCUACAGCAUGAGACCUUUCAGAACCUUAAAUAUAUGUAUCUAGAUUGUUGUCCAAAGAUUUCAAGUGUUUUCUCUUCAUCCCAGAAGCUAGAAAACCUUGAAGUUCUUGAAAUAAAAUUUUGUGAUAAAUUGGAGGCUCUGUUCGAUGAUAAGUCAGCACAGUGUAAAUUACCAAAAUUACACACAUUGCAUCUGUGGGAACUACCAAAAUUGAAGAGCAUAGGGUGCGUGAUGCCAUCUCUGCAUACUUUAAAAGUUGGGGAAUGCUCCAUUCUUGUAAAUGUUCUGUCUUCACACCAGUUGCCAAAAGACCUCAAGAUCCUUGAAAUGAAAUCUUGUGAUAAAUUGGAGACUCUUAUUGAAAACAGCAGCACAUCAGCAGAUUUUAAGUGGCCGAACUUACAUAGAUUGCAUCUAUUGAGACUACCAGAGCUGAAGAGCAUUGGAGGUGGAUUGCCAUCUAGGCAAGAUCGCUUUAUCAGGGAAUGCCCAAAACUGCCGCCAAGCCUUCAGUUACCUAUUAGUGAAAAUUGACACCGGGGACAGAUGGUAAGGAUGUUUCUUGAGCAUUAUAAACCGUACUGAAGGUGGAAUCCUUGAGGUGCUGGACAAUUUUCCCUGCUGCAAUCUGUAUGUAACUCAGGCAGUCAUUUUAACUAGAGGGCGAAUCAUCCUUCACUUGGAAUUUGGAAAGCCUUGGUGUUGGAAGAAAUGGAACAGAAUGGAGCUAGAUCAAGAUAGUGUCAAGAGUGAUGGUGCAAAAUUAAAGGUGCUAAUGCUGAAUGCGCCAUAUAUUGGGUCUGAAAAUGUCAUCCAUAAAGCAGUAGUGCUUGAAUAGUAGCAUCAACAUUAGAGGCAGACGACAAGUGGGUUGUGGCUGUGAUGUUUGCAUAAGAGAUGAUCCGUCUUAUACAUGGAGUUGAUCCAAAUUUCUAUUGAAGCAAGAUUGAUUAAGGCAUCGAGCAAGGACUAAUUACAGAAUUUGCACACUGCAAGAGGAUACCCUCAUGCACCAGAAUGAAGCAGAUCGGAUGAUGUGGCAUCCUCCAGGUAAUGAUUUUAUUUUUUAUUUUUUUUACAGUGUGAACAACAACCACCAAGAUGGCCAGUUUUCUCUUCAACGAACGUGAGCAGGUGCCCAUGAGCCUGACUUCUGAUCAUCAGCUCUGUAAAGAUGCAUUGAACUUCCAGGCGUAACAUUGGACAUGUUCAACUCCUUCGUAAUUCAUGUUGAGCGAACGAGGGUGUGUGGGAUGAAAGCAGUGUUGGAUCUCUAGUGGGACUCGGAUGCAAGACUUGUGGAAAGCACUGUGCUCCUUGCAGAGAUAGGUCAGACCCCAUAGGAGUAGGGUGCAAAGAGAGAGCCAUCAAUUGUUGCGUAAAGAUCUCCUUCUCUCUGACUUCCAAGGGAGGCUCUUGAAGUGGAGUGAGACUAUGAUCAGCACCGAAGCAAGAUUUUUGCUGUGGUCUUGCCAUGUGUAAUUGGAGGAUCGUGUUACAUUUCGUGCAUUUAUAGAAUGGACUCUCGAAUUUACUUAGCUCACACCCAAGUUACUACUGUGCCGAAUGCCACUUUGUUGCUGCCCAUGUUGGUUGCCUUGUAUCCAAGACAAUGAAGAAGCUACAGUGAACUCUGCCAUUGUCGAACUGGAUGAAGGUAUAUGGUGCUAAGUGCAGAGUUAGAGGAACAAACAACCAAAUUAGAGGCGGGAAGAACAACUGUCGAUACAAUUGUGACCAAGUUAGAGGCCCUUAAACAGAAAUGUAACCAAGAUGUCACAUUUGCAAUGUCAAACAUUCCACUCACUUGAUGUUUUUGCUGAAAGCGGGGGUUGACUGAACUGAACAAGGUGCGAUGAGCGUCAACAUUUGUUCAUGGUAGCAUCUAAUAUCAUUUUCUUUUCAGUAAUGCUAUAAACACAGGAAAGUGGUGUAUUGUUUGCCUAGCCUUUUUUUCUCUCAUGUGUGACGGUUGUUGGGCACUCUCACAAGUAAUUAAAGUUGUCCCAUUUGUGGGUGAGCUUGAAAA